GAGGCUUGGUGAGGAUGAGCGGGAGCAAUGGCAAGCCUACCAGGCUGCCGUGGCUUACACGGUCGGCGUACUCUGUGGGCCAUGUGCUCAACGACCUCACUGCGGCGGUGUGGUUCUCGUACCUGAUUGUGUACUUUCAAAAGGUGCGGGAGAUGUCUGCGUCACAUGCAGGGAUUCUGCUGUUUGUGGGCCAGGGCGUGGACGCCGCGAUGACGCCGACGGUUGGCGUGCUGUCGGACAAGUUCACCUCGCUGCCGUACGGACAGCGCAAGUCGUGGCAUCUGUUUGGCACCCUGUGUGUGGCGCUCUCGUUUCCUUUCAUCCUCGGCUCGGACUUUCCGUUUGUCAAGCACUUUUCGACAAACGGGCAGCUGGGCUACUUUUCGGUCUUUAUCGCCAUCUUCCAGAUCGGAUGGGCGUCGACGCAGGUUGCGCAUCUCUCGCUCAUUCCGGAGCUGACAUCGUCGUCGCGCGAGCGCGACUUUCUUAACUCUGCGCGCUACGCGUUUACCAUUGUGGCCUCGGUUGCGGUCUUUGGACUGGCGUUUGGCCUGCUGCAGGCGUCGGCCGGACGUGAUGUCGGGCCGUCCGACCUGUGGCACUUUGCUCUGCUCUCGUAUCUGGUGGUGGCGACAGGGCUGGUGGCGGCGACGUACUUUCACGUGGGUGUGGCUGAGCCGAGCCACGAGGAGAAGCAGAAGGCUUGCGGCAAGUCGGAGAGCUGUAAGCGGGUCACGUGGUCGGAUUGGUUCAAGCGGGCUCUCUUCUACCAGAUUGGUGGUGUGUACAUGUGCGCGCGUUUGGUGGUCAACAUCUCGCAGGUCUACCUGCCGCUCUUUCUCCUCGACACGCUGCAGAUGGACAAGACCAACAUUGCAGUUGCGCCUCUGACGGUUUUUAUUGCCGGCCUCCUCACGACCUCGCUUCAAAAGGUGGUGAACAACGCCAUCGGACGGCGGAUGACGCUCUUGUUGGGCAUUUUGGUGGUACUGGGCACGUGCGUCGGCGCGCACUUUAUCGACAAGUCGUCGCCGUACCUGGUUUACGGCGUGGUCAUCGGCCUCGGCGUCGGCGGGACGACGAUGCUGGUCACGGCGCUGGCCAUGGAGGCCGACCUCAUCGGCGACGAUGUCGAGGGCUCAGCCUUUGUCUACGGCGCGCUCUCAUUCCUGGACAAGCUCUCGAACGGCAUUGCUGUCCUUGUCAUCCAGUUUAUGGCGCAGGCGCACACCAAGGCAACUCCCGACGGCGACAACGCCACAUCAAAGGCUGCGUCGGCCGACGAGAUAGACGAGGAGCUUGGUCCGUUCUACCGUACCAUCAUGGUGUAUGUGCCGGGCGCAGCCGCGCUCUGGUGUCUCGCCUUUAUGAUCUCAACGUACUUUGGCGGCGGAUAUCACGAGUACUCGAAGCGCGAGGCCAUGAAGGAGGCCAAGUCGCGGGCGUACAAGCCGCUGCUCGAUGGUGGCGCUGAUGGGCGUGACUCCCCGUCGGACCGCUACGCCGACGCCGACUCGCCGCGUGCCAUCCAGAAGUAUGGCGCGAUCAACCCGGCCCUCGACGCCCAAUACGACGCCCAGUACGGCGGCGCAGGCUACAACUCGAUGCCGGCUUCCUACAUGCGCGGCUCGGCGGGGCUUCCUGGUAACGCCUCGCCCGAGCCGUCACACAUCUUCCUCUCGCACAAAACCCCUGCUGACGACGCCAUCAUGCGAACCUGGGACUCGUCGAUGGGCGAGCCGCGUAUCAACGCUGGCAUCGACACUCCGAGCGCGUUUGGCAUCAACUGAGCGUACCCGAGCCAAGCCGAGCCGAGCCGAACCGAGCGUGAUACGUUGCUGCGCGAUGACGGUCAGAAAUAAAGUGAUGUUGACA